AACUAUCAUCAGUUCAUACGUUUAGUUUGACAAAAGACGGACAUACGGACUUGAACCCUGUCGUUCAUGGAGACCUCACUGGUAACAACGUCCUCAUCGACAGUAAUAGAAAGGCGUAUCUUGCAGAUUUUGGUCUUUCCGGGACUUUUAUAAAGCCGGCCGGCAUGACGUACCUCAUGAAGAUGGACUGUCAUCCAGGAGCACUGAGAUGGACAGCUCCUGAACUUUUUUCUGAAGAAUCAGCUCGUGCAGCCACCACUCAAAGUGAUAUGUACUCCUUUGGCGGCAUCAUGCUCCAAGUUUUAACGGGAAAUACCCCUUGGUCUCACCUGACCAAUAUCCCUGCACUCUUGCUGAAAGUGGUUUCAGGGACAAUACAUCCUCGUCCGGAUAACUGUUCUAUCACUGACCAGCAAUGGAAUUUCAUGACCCGUUGCUGGUCUACUACAGCCCUUAAUCGUCCUCCUGCCGAGGAAGCAGUUCAAUUUUUGAAUAGUGCUUUAUGCACGAGCACGAGCCCCCAGACCCCGAGUUUGUCAAUCUCUAUCGCCGCUUCUCCAUCAAUUCUGACGGACUGUACUUCCCCGAGCACGAGUCCGCAGACCCCCACCUCGUCGAUCUCUAGCGACGAGCAACACCCGGGUAUAGCCCGUAAUGAUUGUCUUCUGGGGGACACUGAUGCUCGUAAGACUCCUAUCGACGACCAGGAGCCUUCUAUUCUAUCACUUUCGGCGGACUAUGCUUCCCCGAACACAAGUCCGCAGACCCCCACAUUGUCGAUCUCCAGCGACGAGCGACACCCGGGUAUAGCCCGGAAUGAUUAUCUUCGGGGGGACACUGAUGCUCGACUUCCCGUGAUGCAGGACAUUGAUUCACCAUUGGACGCUCGGGAAAAUUAUCCUGGGGUUAUGCUGCCUGCGUAUCCUUCCACUACUUAUACGACUAGCUUAGAUCCAUCAUGGACGCAAUCAAUCCUGCCUCGACCGCACACCAGCGACUUCUCUGCAAUGUACCAAGCAUCCUUCCCGGACGAAGACGAUAAUAACGUCAUCAUACCCUCUGGAUAUUUCUUGCCCCAGCCCACUAACACCAUCCAAUACAACUGGUUUAACCUGAACAUGCAACAAAACGCAUCAUUGCAACACUAUAUGCAACAUGUUCUGCGUAUCCAAUAUUUGCAUGCCGACGGGUCCAUUGAUAAACUCAUAUGGAAUCUGAUACAUUCCAGUGAUUCAGCCCGAGAGGCUGCAUGUUUGCUUGCGGAUUUGCACCGCAAGAGCACCCAAGGUGCAAUUGGUUUUACUGCGCCAACAGACCAUGAUGUGUACGCACGCAUCCAAAGUGCACCAGUGAUACCAGUGACGGAAGGAGACACUUUUGCAAGCCUUUGCAUGGUCUCAUAUUUCCUCUUCUCUGGAGGACAAGGGGAGUGGCAAGCGUUCCUCGACGGCGCUUGCGAAUUUUCGAUCAAAUUUCUCCAGCGGAAACAUCAUGCGCCGGACUGGGCGCUGAGCUUAUGCAGUGACAGCAUGCAAAUUGUCAUCAAGACGUCCAUGUGGUUUGACGUCCUCGCCUCUGUGACGCUGAUCCGUCGUCCCAAGUUCCUUGACGUGCUCCGUUCGCUCUAUGACCCCGCCACUGCCGUUGAUAAUGGUAGACCGGAGCUUUCCAUGAUGGGUGUCAUGGGAUGCGAGAACCGCAUCGUGCUCGCCCUCGCUGAAAUCGCUGAUCUCGCAUGCUGGAAGGAUGAAUGCAGGCGUGCUGGUGGACUCAGCGUUUUUGAACUUGUCAGACGCGGGCAAAAUAUCGAAGCCAUCCUGAAGAUCACCAAUGACCCUGACUACCUCCAGGGCUUUGAAUCGGAGAAGUUACGCCGACGGCGCCUCACAUCUGACGUAUUCCGCGCGUCUGCCCUUGUUUAUCUUCAUUCCGUCGUCUCUGGGGAUCAUCCACAAUGUCCGGAGAUCAUGAGCAACAUCGCAGAAACAGUCAAGUGUCUCAGGCGUGCUGACGACGUCAGCGCCAACACAUCACGCCAUGUUGUGCGCAGCGUCGUGUUCAGCAUAUGCAUAUGUGGCUGCUUGACGGAUGUUCUUCACUACCGCGAAUACUUCCUGCGGCGCUUGCAGGAGCAGCAGACGGAGACAGUGGGGAACUGUACCCAGGUCGCUGAACUUAUGAAAGAAGUGUGGAGGAGCCGAGAGCAAGGGGAGCCCGUGGACUGGCGUGUCGUGAUGCAACAAUCCCAGAUGCUUCUUGUGUAAAGGCUAUCCUACGACACAUGGGCUUUUACUUCCUGGCGCUUCAUUAUUUGCUAAAGUAUUCGGCACGCCCCUAGUGUGUAGGUCGGUUGUUUAUUUCCCGAGGCUCUCCGUUCCUAUACCCUACAAGCAGUAAUUUAUUUACGCCCGGUGAACAAAUCGCGUCU